AUGGGCAUCACGGCGAUGCAACUCGGCGUAAACCACGAGGUGGAUAUAGCCAGUGGUCGUUGCCAGCUCCUGUUCGGAAGCCCGGAAUCCUGGCUGCUGAACAACAAGUGGAGGGACAUGCUAGGCUCCGAUGUUUUUCAAGCCAACGUUAUGGGUAUCGUCGUGGACGAAGUUAAUCUAACUUACAAAUGUUGGUUGGACUGGAUUACCAUUGGCAUUGGACUUCCUUUCACUCUAAUAGUAAUAGUUGCAGUUUUUCUACAGGUGAAAAAGAACCAGGGUUGCCCUAUCUUCGUCAUCAACCUUCUCUUUUCUGAUCUCAUUCAGUUCUGUGGCAGAAUUACAUUAUUAUUUAAGAGUUAUAAUAUGGGUUCUGUCAUUUUUAACUGUGGUCUAUUUGCCAGUCUUGGAUUCAUGGUCUGUAUCUCCCUGGAAAGGUAUUUGGUCAUUGCCAAGCCACUGUGGUACAGAUUCAGGAGAAACAUCAAGACAUCUGUGGCUGUAUGUGUCGUGGUCUGGGUUCUUCCUGUUUCUUUUCACCUAAUUGUUCUUCUGCCUUUUGCUUAUAUGAUUGUUCCCACCAUCUUGUCAUGUGUUUUCCUUCUGCCCAUCCCCUGCUUUAUCUUCUGCUUGGUUGGGACUAUUAAAGCUCUUUCUGGAGCCCUCAGUGUCCCAGCAGAUGAAAAACUAAGAAUUGCAGCCAUUCAGGUUGCAGUAGUGCUUAUUUACACUCUGCUUUUCCUGCCCAUCAUAGUUGUUUUCCUGUUAAAAAAUGCCAGUUUUGAACUUCUUUGCAUAUAUUAUGUUUGUCUGUCUCUUAGUCCCCUUGCAGACACAACUUUGUAUUUGUUAAGUCGGAAAAGCAUCCUGGAUAAUUUUCUGGUUUCACUCUGUUCUUGUAAAACAUCUGACAGUCAGGAGAUGAACACCAGGGAUAUUGAAAUCACGACUGUGGCAAAUACUGAGACUGUGUAG